CCCAAAUAUAUUUUGCAUCGAUAUACCAGAGGACCACAACAUAUCAUUAAUUCUUGUAAUUUGUGCGGUCUUGUGGAGAAGAACAUUGGUUUAUGUGGAUGUCACUUUGUUCCCCUGAUUGUAACUGCUGGAACAGUGGACGGCUGCUGGCUUCCAGAGCGCUCGCUGUCAGAACCGCGGGGCUGCGCGUUGACAGAUGACGGGGGCGCGCUUCAACAUCGGAAAAUGUGACACACCGUCCAUGCAGGAGAUGAUGUGAACUCUGACCUCUGGCGGUUGGUGUACUGAUGAUGACGAAGCUAACCGUACUAAACUUUUGACCCAUCCAACUGCCUCUGAACAGGUCUAAGCACCACCAUGCCUCAGCCAGGUAGCAGUGGGAUGGAGCCUGUCUUUGGUGAGGCCUAUGGGACCAACGGGUUAUCUGUGACCUUAGAGCCAUUCACCAUCUCUCCUACAGGGGGCAGUGCAGAGUCAGACAACUGUCCUAAGGGUGUGGUGGUGAUGUUGGGGGCCCCAGCCCUGUCCCUGUGUCGAGGCCAGCAGCCUGGAUGUGAGCUACUCAGUGAUCUCUUGGAGGAUGUGAUCACUGACGACACACACACCUCCGAGCGUUGCUGGGACAUCUCGGCCCUGGAUGACAUCACACACUACGCCAAAGGCAGCCCAGAGGGGCCACCACCGAGCUGCGAGUGCUCCUUCGUCUCACCUGAGGGAUGCAGAGAAAAACCAUGGUUAUCCCUAAGACCAGAUGACAGGCAGCCGAGGAACCCCACAGACCUCACACCCUGUGUAGGGUUGGGGGCUGGACACCUCCUCCUGGCUGGUAGAUUCCCGGAGUCCUGGAGCCAAGAGGCUGGAGGGCGGGAGAGUGAAGCUAGGGAAGGGCUGCAGCAGGUGGGGCAGGAAGAGAUGGUGCAUAACUACUCUCUACAGAGUGAGCCAGACACUGAGUCUAGUCAAGGAACAGACAGCGAUAUUGAAGAGGAAGAGGAGGAGAAGGAGGAAGAUGGGAAAAAGGAAGAGGAGAAGGGGACAGAAGCCAUGGAGGAAGAGAAAGGGAAGGAAGAGGAGGAGCUUCAGUCCCAUAAGAGACAAAAGAAACGCCGGCGUUACUGGGAAUGUAGCCUCUUCAGUGAAGCAGACCUGGGGAGAGAUGGAGAGAAAGAGAGACGGAGAACCGAAGAGAGAUAUGAAGAAAGAGAUGAAGAUAAAUAUGAAGGGGAUAUAAUCUGUGGCCCUAGCACCCUACCCACCACCAUAUGCCUGAAAGAGGGGACCUCCACCAAUGGUAAGCGAGGCCAGAGAAAAGCCCGUCGUACAGAUGCCAGUGACCUGACCCCCAGCCCUGGGAAGCUACAGAGCUUGGGAGAGCAGCUCCAUACACUCAGCUCUGCUCUGGAGGGCCUGACUCCUGUCAGUGACCUGCCUGUUACUGCCAGGACCCCAACACGAAAGGAGAGGAACAAACUGGCCUCCAGAGCGUGUCGGCUGAAGAAGAAAGCCCAGCAUGAGGCCAACAAAAUCAAACUGUGGGGUCUGAACCAGGAGUAUGAUGGCCUGUUGUGGGCAGUGCUGCAGAUAAAGGAGCUGAUCCGCCAGAGAGUGGAGAGCAGAGAGGAAGACACAGAGAGAGGAUGUCUGAGAGAGAGACUGGAGGACAUUCUGAAGGAAUCAGCUGGGCCACGUGUAGCAGGACGAGGCAAAGCGUUUGUGGAGAGGAUAUUGAAGAACCCUGCCCGGGGACAGAGCACCAGAGAGACUAAGGGAGAAGGAGGGUCAUCAGACCCUAGCCACUAACCUCUUCUCCCCACCAGAGUCACUAUCCCGCCCCUUCUUGCUUCACUUUGCACUUUCUAACAUGGAGAGAAGGUAGGAUAGGCAGGCAGGCAGACAGACAGAUAGAGAGCAUCUGCUGUGCCUCUAGCUGUUACAGUAUAGCUGAUGAGUGUCUCAGAACAUUAACGUCUGGCAUGUUUGUUUAAGAUUGUGUGUGUAAGGGAGGAAGUGUGCAUAAUUCCAGUGUAUCUAUUGCAUUAUGUACUAUAGUAUAUACCAUCGUGCCUAAAGGAGGACACUGUGUGCUGCUAGCUAGUCGUAGUUAUACACUAUAAUGGAAGAACAGGGAGAGGAGUGACAGUGAGUAUGGUGCUUAUAACAGUGGACAUGAUGACUAAGCUGUUUAUCUUGACGUCCAUUUUGAAUCGUACUGUAAACCAAAAGUGCAUAGAUAAACUUAGACUUGGGGAAGGACUUUGGCAUCACGUGAAUGUUGCACAGUGCUUCUCAAAGAUGCUGAAUGCUGCUUGCAUGGUUGUUUUAUAUGUCUCUGCAUUCCUUACAAAGUAAAUUAUGUUUCUCUACAGAUCCUCUUUAAAACUGAUGUCAUAAUGUACUGUACUUCUCUACAGAGGAACCUGUGUAGAGGAUAAAAAUAACCUUAAACCAGGGAAACUCCCGUCCUCAGGAGGGCCCUGUGUUUUCUGGUUUAUUUUCUUCCUGCAAAUCAGUGACUGGACUGCUACCUGGGAAACCUGGCCCCAUGUUCACAAAGAGUCCCGGAGUGCUGAUCUAGGAUCAGUAGAUCAUAAUUAAUAGGAUUACAUGGACAAGGGGGGACCUAAUCCUAGAUCAGCAUUCCUUCCCUGAGACACUUUUUUAACAUGGGCCCAGGCGUGUCUUCUCUCGGCAAUGAGUGAUUAAGUGCUACAGGGAGAAGAGAGAACAGCACUGCACCCCUGAUUACCAUAGUUGUCCAUCCAUGUCCUAAACCCACAGUACUGUAACUGUUAGAGAGAUCCACAUCAAUGGUUUCAAAUCUGAUUCAUAUAUUUCAUAUAUCUGAUUAAUCUAUCUGAUUUUUCAUCUGAUUCAUCUAUAUAGGUCAACUGUGCUUUUUGUAGCCUGUGCCUUUGAAUGGUCUUUGAGAGCAAUAUAUUAAUACGCACUACGCACACCACCA